GUUUACUAUACCAUUUACUCGUGUGGCGGUAGUUGUAUGUUAUCUAGGCUCACUUUAUACGGUAUGACUGAAAUUUAAAUACCCGCAGACGCGGAGCAGAGGUCGACGGUGUCCUAGAACGGCUUCCCCGUCAUUUUUAAUUCGAAAAGUGCUUCGUGCUCGGUGCUCUUUGUGACGGUAUACCAUCCAACAGUUUUAGAUUUUCUUUAAAAACAAUACAAUGUUGAGUCUGUUAACAUUUUCAACUUUAUUUUUUGCGGUAACCCAAGGAGGCUUAGUUAGAGUACCAAAAAUUUACAACGCCUUAAUUUCAUCGGACGAAAAUUUAACACCAAGCCACGCCUAUCCGAUUAUCGAACCUGUCUUUCGUACAACAGCCCUAGGAGUUGCCUUUCCACCAAUCGUGGUUAAUAAUCAACCGAAAGAAGGUGACGAAAUACCACCAAAAAGUGAUAAAAAACCAGAAGUUCCAGAUAAUGUAGAAGCGCUUCAAAAGAAAGAUACCCCUCAGCUAUCUUAUCAUGGAACUUUAUAUCCGGUUACUUAUGACCCGUUCUUCCAGUAUGCUUACAGAAAUGACUAUCUAUUCCCAGCUCUUCCUUAUAUUCAACCUCACCCGGUAUACGUCGAUAUGAAACGGAUAGAAACCAAGAAAGAAGAACGUGAAGAACCAGUCAAACCCGCGGUCAACUUUGAAAAGAACCCGGAAGUUCCGGACGUUCCACCCCCUUCGAUACCGUUUAGGGAGAAACCGCAAAAACCGAAAUCACGAUAACAAGAAUCGUAAUAAUGCGAAACGUAUUUAUUUUUUUAGACUUAGUACACAAUUUACUUGCCGUUCAAUUUAUAUAUUCAUUUAUUGUUAAUAUUUUUUAUGAUUUUUUUAUAUAAAAAGCAUUAAAACAAAAA